UAUAUUCGAAAAAAAAUGUUUGAUGGCCCCGAAGAGCACUCACCAACCGCCAAAAAAUGGAAACCCUAAUUAAGAGAAGGGGAUUUUUUUUGAAUUAAAUUGCACAAUUUAAAUUAAUGAUUGCUUAUUUACUUGAUUCUCUCCUCUAAUUUCUCUUCUCUUCUCCUUACAUUUUUAUCGAAACUGGAAUCAAAAAUCAAUCUCGAUGUCCAAGCGGGUACUUUGCAAGUUCUAUGUGCACGGGGCAUGUUUGAAAGGGGAGCAUUGUGAGUUUUCGCAUGACCGGAAAGAUCCGGUGAAUAAUGUUUGUACUUACUAUCAAAAUGGAAUAUGCUCGUAUGGAAGUAGAUGCAGAUAUGAACAUGUCAAAAUUUCUAGGCCGGGUUUUGCUUCAUCUUCGUCUUCGUCGACAAUUCAUUACCAACCCUCCGUACGUCCUGUGAGAACUGGGUUAAGUAGGGGAAAAUCGAGUUCAAAUGCUUCUGGGGAGCUUUCUGCGUCAAGUACUCCUUAUGUUCCUCCCAGUAAGCCAGCAUGGAACUUGGAGUCUGAGCCUAAUAACUUUAUAGAAAAUGAUGAGAUAAUAGAACCUAGGAAUGUCAAGCCAGAAGACCGUCCUCUCUGUUCAUUUGCUGCUGCUGGUAAUUGCCCGCGUGGAGAUAAAUGUCCUCAUGUCCAUGGUGACCUUUGUCCUACUUGUGGGAAAAAUUGCUUGCAUCCUUUUAGACCUGAAGAUAGAGAUGAACAUGUAAAAACAUGUCAGCAGAAGCAAAAGCAUCUCGAGGCAUUAAAAUACAGCCAGGAAAUUGAGUGCUGUGUUUGUCUAGAUCGUGUGCUUUCAAAGUCUACUGUAGCUGAACGGAAGUUUGGGUUGCUAUCUGAAUGUGAUCAUCCAUUUUGUAUUUCAUGUAUUAGGAACUGGCGCAGCAGUUCCCCAACCUCUGGAAUGGAUGUCAAUACUGCAUUGAGGGCCUGCCCAAUAUGUCGCAAAUUGUCAUACUUUGUUGUUCCAAGUGUCAUUUGGUAUUCAUCCAAAGAAGAAAAGCAGGAAAUUAUUGAUAGCUAUAAGGAAAAACUCAGCUCCAUAGAUUGCAAGCAUUUUGACUUUGGGAAUGGGAACUGUCCUUUUGGGAUCAGUUGCUUUUACAAGCAUGCAUUUCGAGAUGGUCGCUUGGAGGAAGUUGCUCUGCGUCAUCUUGGGGAUGAAGAUGGACAGACUGUGAUAGCUAAAGAUAUCAGGCUUUCGGAUUUUCUUGGUAGCUUACAAAUAAUUUGAAUAAAGCUGUUAUUACUGUUGUCCAUCUUCAAAUAUGCAGAUCAUCGGCCAAUAUCAAGAUAUAUGUUUUGUCGUCAACUUGUGAACAGUCUUCAAUUUCCUGUUGUCAAACUCCAGUUUUCGCUAGAGGAUUGCUUGAUGGAGAGACGAUUAACAGGAAGCUAGAAGGCAUGAAGUAAUGUGUAGUAUGUUAAAGUGAAAUAAUAUUCUGAAGAAACCUCGACCCUAUGCCAAAUUUUAAGCAAUUGCCGCCUCAUAAAAAUAAGUUCGAAUAAUAGACGUUUGCUAAAUAUAUUGCUUCCGUUGGAGUAGGAAAGGCAUUCGAAAGGAUACCUGGUUUUCUGCCUAUUUAUCUUCAGUAGUUAACUCCAUUGAUUUGGAUAAAUUUUAUCGGCGAAUUUGGAUAGUACAGAUUCUUUAGAUUUUUGGUAAACCCUGAAACCAGUGAUUGUUUGUAAAAUGAAUAUGAUUAAGAUUGUAGUGUAUAAUAAUGAUAUGGUAGGCAUGUAAUGAAACUCAUACAUUUGUGUCCAUGAUUACAAAGCCAAUGUUUGCAAUUAAGUUUUGAUUGACUGUUA